AUGGGUGUUACAGUACAAGAUAUAUGUUUUGCCUUUCUGCAAAAUUAUUACGAAAGAAUGAGAACCGACCCUUCCAAGUUGGCAUACUUCUAUGCAAGUACGGCUGAACUAACACAUACUAAUUAUCAGUCUAAGUCGAGCAACGAAAAAGAUGAUGUUCUUCCAACAGUAAAAGUUACUGGGCGUGAAAAUAUUAAUAAGUUCUUUUCUAGAAACGACAGCAAAGUUAGGAGCUUGAAACUCAAAUUAAAUACUAUAGAUUUUCAAUACACUGGGCAUUUGCACAAGAGCAUUUUGAUUAUAGCGACGGGUGAAAUGUUUUGGACGGGAACUCCCGUUUAUAAGUUUUGUCAAACAUUUAUCUUACUACCAUCUAGUAAUGGGUCUACAUUUGACAUAACCAAUGAUAUAACCAGGUUCAUUCCUAACUCAUUUAGACCUUAUGUUUUAACCGAGGAUCCUUUGGCACAAGGUAAAGAGCAAAGUUCUGAAAGUGUAGAUGAAGAAAGUGAAAUAAGGCAUGACUCGAAAGUGGAAAAUGAAAAAGAAAAGGAAAAAUCACCAGAAAUAUCGAAACCGAAGGCUAAAAAGGAAACUAUCAAAGAACCGGUUGUACAAUCUGAAUUGUUAGCUCAAGAAACGCCAGCUAUCGAUAGCAGUGAUUCUCAAGUUAUGCUUGUUGCCAAGGAAUCCAAAACUCACAUCGAAGCUGUUCCAUCUAAUGCCAAGGGCGAACACAAACAAGAUGACAUUUCAACGCAAGAGCAGGGCAAUGUCGUGAAACUAAAUGAAAAAUCUUUGAAAAUUGAAAAGAAGACAGCACCGAUCAAGACAAAAGAAGACUCUGUUGAGCCCAUAAAUGCUGUUGAAAGCUCUUCUUUGCCCAACGGUAAGAAUAUUAGUGUCGACGUAUCGGCACCGGGAAAUGUAAACGAAACUGAAAGCGAAGCUAAAACAAUAGAGCCCCAUGUUUCCGAAUCUAAAGAAUCCAACAGUGGUUUUCCAGCUACUUUGACGUCACCAGAGCCAGUUGCAAAUCCACCAAAGAUGACAUGGGCUUCAAAGUUGAUGAAUGAAAAUUCUGACAGGAUCAGCAAAAGUAAUACUACAGUUGAAUACAUGAGGCCAGAAACGCUAACGAAAAAACCAACAGAAAGGAAAUUUGAAAUGGGGAAUCGCAGAGACAACGUUAGUGGUAACAGCAAAAAUAAGAAAAAACCGGUAUUCAGUACUGUGAAUAAGGAUGGGUUCUAUCCGAUCUACAUCAGAGGCACAAACGGACUGAGAGAAGAAAAACUGAGAGGUGCUCUGGAAAAAGAAUUUGGUAAAGUCAUGAGGAUAACGGCAGCAGACAACUUUGCUGUCGUAGAUUUCGAAACUCAGAAGAGUCAAACUGAAGCCUUGGAAAAAAAGAAAAAGUUAAUUGACGGUAUUGAAGUUUGUUUAGAAAGGAAAACAGUAAAAAAACCUACUGGUAAUAAUUCUCCCGGAAUAUUCACCAAUGGAACACGCUCCCAUAGAAAACAACCGCUCAAAAGGAAGGACUGA